AUGGAGCCUUCCUUUGUCUUGUAUUUCUCCACAAUCAUUUUGCUCAUUGGGAUUCCCAAAGGUGAAUGUGGAAGUAUAAUUGGAGGGAAAGAAUCAUCUCCUCACUCAAGACCUUUUAUGGCCGUAAUCAGAGGAAGAAAGUACUGUGGAGGAACUUUGGUCAAGCAAAACUGGGUUUUAACAGCUGCCCAUUGUGAUGUGGAUAAAACUCAUGAAGUUGUUCUUGGAGCUCAUUCAUUAAAGAAGAAAGAAGAAAGUCAGCAGAUUUUAAAAAUUGCUGAAUUGAAACGUCAUCCUUGCUUUAGUGAGGAGCCAAUUGACCAUGAUCUUAUGCUUCUACAGCUUCAGAAACCAGCAAAGCUCAAUCAAUAUGUGAAGACCAUUAAGCUUCCUACUAGUCAUGAUGAUCUCAAAGCAGGCACGCAGUGUCUAGUAGCUGGAUGGGGCAUUACUCAUACAAGAGACCGAAAGCCCUCUGAUACACUGCAUGAAGCUAAUGUCACAGUCAUUGAUAGAAGAAUCUGCAAUGACAGGAAACAUUACAAUUUCAGGCCUGUUAUCACAAUGAACAUGGUAUGUGCUGGUGACAAAAAGGGAAAGAAGGAUACAGGCCAGGGUGACUCUGGUGGUCCUUUAAUAUGCAAGGGCGAACAAAGAGGCAUCACAUCCUUCGGUAAACAGUCAAAAUGGGGCACACCCCAAUACCCUGGUGUCUAUACUCGGCUUACAAAGGCCCAUCUCUUGUGGAUAAAUGACACCAUAAAGGGUAACUGAUCCUUGAUUUUGUUAUUCCUCUACUGAUAAUUACAGAUGUGUCAGGCCUUUAAGACUGCCACGUUUACAAUCUGUUAACAAUCCCUGUUCAUUCAGGCAACAGUAUAUUAUGAAUAUCACAAAUAGUACUAUUUCCUGAUAAAAUGUAUUGAUUAGAAGUA